AUGGCAGCAAGUAGUGAUCAAACCAAAGAAGCUUGCAUCUACAAAGAAUGGAUGAAACUACAAGAACAAGAACUCUCUGAGCUCAACCAAGCCCUAACCCUAACCGCCGCCGGUUGCACCACCACCGGAGCCGCUGACGAGCUGAGCCACCUCAUCGACAAAAUCAUGGCCCACUUCGUCGAGUACACUCAGAUACGAAGCUGCAUGGCUCAAGCCGACGUCUCCCCUUACUUCGCCCCCACAUGGUGCACUUCUCUCGAGAGGUCGGUCCUCUGGAUCGGGGGCUGCCGCCCCUCCUCCUUCAUCCGGCUCAUCUACGCACUCUCGGGGCUCGAGAUCGAGUCCCGUCUCUCGGAGUUUCUCCGGGGGGCGAGAAUCGGGAACCUCGGGGGGCUUUCCGGGGACCAGAUUUUCAUGGUGGACGAAUUGCAGGGGAGGACUAUUGGAGAGGAGAGGAAGCUUUCGACUCGCAUGGCGAGUCUCCAGGAGGAUCUGCUCGACCAUCCUCUGGCUUCCAUUGCCGUGAAAUCGGAGGGCAACUUGGACGCGGCGUUGGAUGAUCACGGACGUGCUAUGGCGGAGAUGCUGGCGGAGGCCGACCAGUUGAGGCUGAGCAGCUUGAAGGAGCUGAUCGGGAUACUUACGCCGAGGCAGGCGGUCGACUUCAUGGCGGCGGGGAAGAAACUCAGGCUGUGCAUGCAGGAUUGGGGGAAGAAGAGAGAUCUCGAUCACGGUCGGAAUUAA